AUGAAUGUAGGUAUCUAUGUGUGUUUUAUCCUGGCUGCUUUGUCCAGUGGCUCCCUGAGUCUGCCUCCACAGUCAGUGAGAGCUGAGAGUACGGCUCACUUAACAAACAGCCUCCAUGCUCCGUCGUCCAGCCGAACACGCCAGGUCCGCUCGGCUCCAGCGCCACCAUCAGACCGGUUUGCCCACUACAGCCAGCUCCGUGAGAACGCAGAUGCUACCAACAGCCUGAGCCAGCUGCUGGCCAGACUCAUCCCCAGGAAAGGUUCUGGCUUCCAGAUCAGAUCCUCCCUCAGCAGCAGAGCCCUGGCCCCCAGCCACAGGAUAGAGGACAGAGAUUACCUCGGCUGGAUGGACUUUGGGAGACGCAGUGCAGAAGAGUAUGAAUAUUCCCCGUGAAGCCAGAGCCAGCUCUCACCACCCGGCCCCUGUCACGGCACCCCCAUCACCCCCAGUUAAACCAGCAGAAUAACGUUACAGCUUUUUUUUUUUUACUUUUACAACACACUUAAACAAGAAUCCUGUAUUGAGUUUAGCAUAAAAACGACAAAACUUACUUAAUAAAUGGGAAAGUAAUAGAUAUUUUAAUUCAGAUAAGAGACAUUAAGAAGCCUGAAAGCAGUAUUUUUCCAUCCGAUUACUUCAUUUGCUCUUUAAAAUAAAUCAUUUCAUUAAAAAGAGAGAAGCUCCAUCAUAUCUUAAA